GCCCUUCCUCCCCGGCGUCCAAAGCUCCGGGUGGCCGCGGCCGAGCCGGGAGCUGAGCGCGCUGGGCGCGGCCGUCCCGCUGCCGCCGCCUCCGAGCCCUGAGUGCGCCCGCGGCCAUGGUCCCCGCGGCGGCGCCGGGCGCUUGAGCCCCGGAACGCGGGCCCUGGAGGCAGGCGGCCGGCGGUGCGGGCGCAACGGAGAGGCCGCCAGAAGGUGAGCGCCGUGGGCUAUGGGAUGGAUGAGGUGGAGCAGGACCAGCAUGAGGCCCGACUCAAGGAGCUGUUUGACAGUUUUGACACCACGGGCACUGGGUCCCUGGGACAGGAGGAACUCACCGACCUUUGCCACAUGCUGAGCUUGGAGGAGGUGGCCCCGGUGCUCCAGGAGACGCUGCUUCAGGAUAACCUCUUGGGCAGGGUGCAUUUUGACCAAUUUAAAGAAGCAUUAAUACUUAUCUUGUCUAGAACUCUGUCAAAUGAAGAGCACUUUCAAGAACCAGACUGCUCGCUAGAAGCUCAGCCCAAAUAUGUUAAAGGUGGCAAGCGUUAUGGACGAAGGUCCUUGCCUGAGUUUCAAGAAUCCGUGGAAGAGUUUGCCGAGAUUGAGCCCCUAGAGGAAGAAGCUCGGCCCUCACACAGCCCAGCCGGUGACCGCCACGAGCACUGGAAGACACAACGCAGUGAGGAGUAUGAAGCAGAAGGUCAGUUAAGAUUUUGGAACCCAGACGACUUGAAUGCCUCACAGAGUGGGUCUUCUGCUCCCCAAGACUGGAUAGAAGAGAAACUGCAGGAGGUUUGUGAAGACUUGGGGAUCACCCGUGAUGGUCACCUGAACCGAAAGAAGCUGGUCUCCAUCUGUGAGCAGUAUGGUCUGCAGAAUGUUGAUGGAGAGAUGCUUGAGGAAGUCUUCCAUAAUCUUGAUCCUGACGGUACAAUGAGUGUAGAAGAUUUUUUCUAUGGCUUGUUCAAAAAUGGAAAAUCCCUCACACCAUCAGCAUCUACUCCCUAUAGACAGUUGAAAAGGCACCUCUCCAUGCAGUCCUUCGAUGAGAGUGGCCGACGCACCACAACCCCAUCAGUGAUGACAAGUACCAUUGGCUUUCGGGUCUUCUCCUGCCUGGAUGACGGGAUGGGCUACGCAUCCGUGGAGAAAAUACUUGACUCCUGGCAGGAAGAGGGCAUUGAGAACAGCCAGGAGAUCCUGAAGGCCUUGGAUUUCAGCCUUGAUGGAAAUGUCAACCUGACAGAACUGACACUGGCUCUUGAAAAUGAACUUCUGGUCACCAAAAAUGGCAUUCACCAGGCGGCUCUGGCCAGCUUUAAGGCUGAGAUCCGACAUUUGCUGGAGCGGGUUGAUCAAGUGAUCAGAGAAAAAGAGAAGCUACGGUCAGAUCUGGACAAGGCUGAGAAGCUCAAGUCUCUCAUGGCUUCAGAGGUGGAUGAUCACCAUGCGGCCAUAGAGCGGCGGAAUGAGUACAACCUCAGGAAACUGGAUGAAGAGUACAAGGAACGGAUAGCGGCUUUAAAGAAUGAACUCCGGAAGGAGAGAGAACAGAUCCUGCAGCAGGUGGGCAAGCAGCGUUUGGAACUUGAGCAGGAAAUCGAAAAGGCAAAAACAGAAGAGAACUACAUCAGGGACCGCCUUGCUCUCUCUUUAAAGGAAAACAGUCGUCUAGAAAAUGAGCUUCUGGAAAAUGCAGAGAAGUUGGCAGAGUAUGAGAAUCUGACAAACAAACUCCAGCGAAAUUUGGAAAACGUGUUAGCAGAAAAGUUUGGUGACCUUGAUCCCAGCAGUGCUGAAUUCUUUCUGCAAGAAGAGAGGCUGACGCAGAUGAGAAAUGAAUAUGAGCAGCAGUGCAGGGUAUUACAAGACCAAGUGGAUGAACUCCAGUCUGAGCUGGAAGAAUUUCGCACACAAGGCAAAGUGUUGAGACUUCCCUUGAAGAACUCACUGUCAGAAGAACUUGAUGUUAACACGGGUUGCAUCGAGCCUGACCAGAGGCUUGGUUCUGAAGAAUGCAAUCCAUUGAAUAUGAGCAUCGAGGCGGAGCUGGUCAUUGAACAGAUGAAAGAACAACAUCACAGGGACUUAUGUCGCUUGAGACUGGAGCUUGAAGAAAAAGUGCACCGUUAUGAAAAGCAGCUAGAUGAAACCAAGGUUGCCUGUGAAAAGGAGCAAGAGAACAUGAAGCAAAAGUAUGAGAAUGAAGUACAUGUCUUAGAAAAACAAAUAAGUGACCUUAAAAAUGAAAUUACAGAACUUCAGGGCCAGACUGGGGUGCUCAAGGAGGCACAGCAUACAACUAUCUGCAGACACGAGGAUGAGAAAAAAGAACUGCAAAAGAAGUGGGAUGAGGAAAAGACUCACCUGCAGGAGAAGCUGAGGUUGGAACAUGAGUUGGAACUCAAGGCUAGCCUAGAGCAGGCAGAGGAAAGCUUUAACCGAGAGAGAGAAGGACUCAUUCAAAAUGGUGCCUGGACAGAAGAGAAAGUGAGAGGCUUGACUCAGGAACUAGAACAGUUUCACCAGGAGCAGCUUAAAAGCCUGAUGGAGAAGCACACUCUUGAGAAAGAGGAGUUGCGAAAAGAGCUCUUGGAAAAACACCAAAGGGAACUUCAAGAGGGAAGGGAAAAAAUGGAAACUGAGUGUACUAGAAGAACCUGUCAGAUAGAAGCCCAGUGUCAGGCUGAUUGUCAGAAAGUCACUGAGAGGUGUGAAAAUGCCCUGCGAAGCCUGGAGGGGCACUACCACCACGAGCUGAAGGAGCUCCUGGAACAGCAGCUUGAAGAGAGAUCCCAGUGGGAGUUUGAGAAGGACGAGCUCACCCAGGAGUGUGCAGAAGCCCAGGAGCAGCUGAAAGAGACUCUCCAAAGAGAGAAAGCCACUUCUCUGGUCCUGACCCAGGAGAGAGAGAUGCUGGAGAAAACCUACAAAGAACAUUUGAAUAGUAUGGUUGUUGAAAGAGAGCAGCUACUCAAAGACCUGGAAGAUCUAAGAAAUGUGUCAGAAAGUCAGCAAAGCCUACUGUCCGACCAGAUCCUUGAGCUGAAGAGCAGUCGUGAAAGGGAGCUGAGGGACGGCGAGCAGGUCCUGGGCCGGGCAGGUGCCUCGGGGCAUCUGGCCGGCCAGCCGCUGGAGAAGCUAGCAAUGGAACGGGACCGGGAGGAGCAGGAGAUGGUGUCCGGGCUGCAGGCCAUGGAGAGUGUCCACAGAGUGACCUGUGAGAAAGCAGACCAAGAGAGGGCUGAGAUGAGCACAGACAUCUCCAGGCUUCAGAACAAAAUUAAGGAAAUGCAGGAGGCAUCUCCUCCGUCCAGGAGAGAGAAUGGCUGCCAGACGGCAGGAGGGGAGGCGGUGGAAGGCAGUGGAGCCAUGUCCCUGCUCCAGCAAGGAAAGCAGCUGUUGGAAGAGAAUGGAGAUGUCCUCUUAAGCCUGCAGAGAGCUCAUGAGCGAGCAGUGAAGGAAAAUGUGAAAAUGGCCACGGAAAUUUCGAGAUUGCAACAGAAGCUGCAAAAAUUAGAGCCGGGCUCGGUAAUGUCUUCUUGUUUUGAUGAGCCAGCUACUGGGCUAUUUGGAAAUUCUGUGGAACAAACAGAGCCCUUUUUGUUGCCACAUCAAAUGAAACAAGUAGAAGGUGUAAGCCCACCUUGCGUCCUCAGUGACCUACCGGACGAUGAGGCCCCGGAUUUGGGCAGUCCAGGGACGGGCUCUGCUCAGAGACGGGCGGUCAAAAUGGAGGAGUCUGAAGCAUCAAUGGAGAGUUUUUCCGAGCUCGAAAAUAGCGAAGAGACCAGGACUGAGACCUGGGACCUGAAGAAUCAGAUUUGUCAGCUUAAGGGACAGCUAACGAUCCUGCGUGCAGACUGCAGUCGAGCUUCUGAAAAGAAACGGGACCUCCUUUUUGACGUCGCCGUGCUGAAAAAGAAACUGAAGAUGCUUGAGAGAAUCCCCGAGGCUUCCCCCAAGUAUAAACUGCUGUAUGAAGAUGCCAGCAGGGAAAAUGACUGUCUCCAGGAGGAGCUGCGAGUGAUGGAGACGCGCUACGACGAAGCCCUCGAAAGUAACACAGAGCUCACUUCGGAAGUUUUCAAACUGCAGCACGAGCUAAAGAAAGCGGAAGAGGCGACGGAAACGUUCUUCAGCCUGGAAGAGAGUUACGGUGAAGUCAAGAGAGAAAACGAGGAGCUGCAUGUUCUGGUUUUGAGACUUGAGGGUGAGCUGGAGAAGCUGCAGGCCAGAGCGGCGCUCCAGCGUGACUGCUGCUUAUGGGAAGCCCGCUUGGCUAAGCUGGAAGUCCCGCCCGAUGGGAAGGUGCCCGAACCCCACCAGACGCUGGAAGAGUGUGUGCCCGAGGUGAGGGACGUACACCGUAUCCUAGAAGAACAUUAUCAAGACCACCAGUACCUCGAGCAGGAGAAUACACAGCUUCUGGAAAGAGUACAGGCAUGUGAGAUUGCCUGGCUACACAGACGAGUCCGGACACAUGGAGAACAGCCCCGAGUACAGAACCAGGUUUUACCGGAGGAAGAAGACACUGCCCUCCUAGGCCUUCAAGACAGACACCUUGCGCGUCAGGCCACGAUAGCAGAGUUAGAACUGGAGAAAAAAAAGCUGCAAGAGCUGACCAGGAAGUUGAGGGAGAGAGUCGCCGCUUUAGUUAAGCAAAAAGGUGUACCUUGUCAAGGAGAGAACGAGGAGGAGCUGAAGGCAAUGAUGCACGACUUGCAAAUCACGUGCAGUGAGAUGCAACAGAAAGUUGAACUUCUGAGAUAUGAAUCUGAGAAGCUUCAAGAAGAAAAUUCUAUUUUGAGAAAUGAAAUUACUACUUUAAAUGAAGAUGAUAGCAUUUCUAACCUGAAAUUAGGGAAAUUAAAUGGGUCACAGGAAGAAAUGUGGCAAAAAAUAGAAACUGUAAAACAGGAAAAAGCUGCAGUUCAGAAGAUGGUUGAAAAUUUAAAGAAACAGAUUGCAGAAUUAAAAACCAAAAACCAAGAGUUGGAUUUGGAAAAUACAGAACUUAGCCAAAAGAACUCUCAAAAUGAGAAAGAACUGCAAGAACUUAAUCAACGUCUAGCAGAAAUGCUGGGCCAGAAGGAGGAAGAGCUGGGACCCAGUGCAUUUGAGAAAUGGAAACAAGGAGCGUCUCAUCGGAAAGAAGAACUGGAACAAUGUAGAGUGCAGUCCUCUACUUUAGUGUCUUCUCUGGAGGCAGAACUAUCUGAAGUUAAAAUACAGACUCAUAUUGUGGAACAGGAAAACCUCCUUCUCAAAGAUGAACUGGAGAAAAUGAAACAGCUGCACAGAUGUCCUGAUCUCUCCGACUUCCAGCAAAAACUUUCUAGUGUUCUAAGCUACAAUGAAAAACUGCUCAAAGAAAAGGAAGCUCUGAGUGAAGAAUUAAAUAGCUGUGUGGAUAAGUUGGCAAAAUCAAGUCUCUUAGAGCACAGAAUUGCCACUAUGAAGCAAGAACAGAAGUCUUGGGAACACCAGAGGGAAACCUUAAAGUCCCAACUCACGGCUUCACAGGACAAGGUUCAGAGUUUAGAAGACACCCUGCAGAAUGUAAACUUGCAAAUGUCGCUGAUUAAAUCUGACCUACAAGUGACGCAGCAGGAAAAGGAGGCUUUAAAACAAGAAGUGAUGUCUUUAUAUAAACAACUUCAGAAUGCUGGUGACAAGAACUGGGGCCCAGAAAUAGCCACCCAUCCAUCAGGAUUCCCUACGCAGCAGCACUGGCUGACUUGGGACAAGAUGGAUCAUCUGAUAAAGGAGGAACAGGAGCUACUUCGGCAGGAGAACGAGAGACUCCAAACCGUGGUGCGGAACACCAAAGCGGAACUCACGCACUCCCAGGAGAAGGUCCGUCAGCUGGAAUCCAACCUUCUUCCCCCCAAGCACCAAAAACAUCUAAACCCAUCAGGUACUAUGAAGCCCACAGAGCAAGAGAAGAUGAGCUUGAAGAGAGAGUGUGAACAGUUUCAAAAGGAACGAUCUCCUACUAAUAAGAAGCAGGUCAGUCAGAUGAAUUCCCUUGAAAGAGAAUUAGAAACGAUUCAUUUGGAAAAUGAAGGCCUGAAAAAGAAACAAGUAAAACUGGAUGAGCAGCUAAUGGAGAAGCAGCACCUGAGGUCCACUGUGAUGCUUAGCCCAUCCCCUCAUGCUUGGGAUCUCCAGCUGCGCCAGCAGCAAGCCUGCCCGAUGGUGCCCAGGGAGCAGUUUCUGCAGCUUCAACACCAGCUGUUGCAGGCUGAGAGGACAAACCAGUGCCUGCAGGAGGAACUUGAAAACAGGACCUCCGAAACCAACACACCGCAGGGAAACCAGGAGCAACUAGUGACCGUCAUGGAGGAACGAAUGAUGGAAGUUGAACAGAAAUUGAAACUGGUGAAAAGGCUUCUUCAGGAUAAAGUGAAUCAGCUCAAAGAACAACUCUACAAGAAUACUAAAGCAGAUGCAAUGGUGAAGGAUUUGUAUGUUGAAAAUGCCCAGUUGUUGAAAGCUCUGGAAAUGACUGAACAGCGCCAAAAAACAGCGGAGAAGAAAAAUUACCUCCUAGAAGAGAAGAUUGCCAGCCUCAGUAACAUAGUCAGGAAUCUGGCACCAGCACCACUGACUUCUACACCUCCCUUGAGGUCAUAGCCAAGCCAAAGGAUACACUCAUAUUUGUGCACUUUACUGAAAUGGAUGGAACAUUUCAGUAAGUUCUCUCAACCAUUUGUUGUUUAAACCUUUAAUGGUUUAAAGUUAAGCUCAACCUAAAACUGCCAGCAACAGAACUGGUCUCCAUUCAUUAUAAUUAGUUCUUCCAAAGAGACUAAAUUAUUCCCAAGCUUUGAAUUUUUAAAAAAUAUCCUAAUAGCCACCAAAAAGGUAGAUAUAUGAACACGAUGCAAGAGUCUUAAAACCCCAGUUUUGAAUGAGUUUUUUUUAAAUAUUAUAUAUAAAGCUAUGUGUAAAUGCCAGAUAUUUAAAGUUUGAGAUCUGAUUAGCCUACUGUUUUGACCUUUAUUUAAAAAACAAAUGUAUGUCUUCUUACACCUUCAAAUAUGGAAAAGUCAUUCUGUUUCUAAUACUUUUGGUUCUUUGGUAACAGACCCUGGGCUCAAUAACCACAGAGGUCAGAAAAGCCAGAGUCCAUAGUACUCUACCUUUUAACAGCUAUGACAGUAUUACCACCCUUGAUGUAUUCUAGAUGUACAACUGAUUUAUUCAACUGCACUGUUAACUAAUGUUAAAACUGUACUUUAAACAUUUUUUUUCCUCCUUAGAAGUUUCAUUCGGGGAGCUUACCUUCUAAAAAAUGGAUAAAGCCACGUUCUUAAAAGCAUUUGAACUAUAGGGAAAGCAUUGAACAAAUCACUUUGGAGUAAACAGCUACUCUUAGAAGAGAGAUAAGCAAACCAUGGGGGUUUCUCUCUCAAGUCUUGGAGUUCAUGAACUUACGUUUAGGGUUGCUUCAAGCACUCAGGGAACAAUACUUUGAAUGGUCUUCCUGAAACACUGUAGGGCCUCUUUAAGAAUCUGAAAUGCAUAAACCAUGUGACCUUAUUUGUCUUAUAUUUAGAGCUGUUCUGUGAUUUUUAUUUCGAUAUUUUUGGUGAAUUUACUCUUCUGAAAAGCCUUGAUUUUAGAGCUAAAAACUUAUGGAAGAGUUAUUUGCUUAACAUAGGUUAAAAUUUCCAUGCUUCCUAUUCUUCUAACACUUCAAAUCUGAUCAUAAGAAUUUCUUACUCUGAGGGUACCUGGGUGGCUCAGCUGGUUAGGCGUCUGCCUUCUGCUUGGGUCAUGAUCCCAGGGUCCUGGAAUCGAGUCCCGCAUCGGGCUCCCUGCUCAGCAGGGAGUCUGCUUCUUCCUCUGACCCUCCCCCCUCUCGUGCUCUCUCUCUCUGAAAUAAAAUCUUUAAUUUCUUACUCGGAUGAGGACUGGCAUGCCAUCUGAGGUAAAAAAGUGCCAAGGAGCUCUUACAGGUCUAGCUGUCUUACAGGUAUAGCUGUUUCCAUUCAGUUCUCAAGACCAGAACUUUAUAGAGCAGUCAACGUUUUUACGAUGGGUAAAUAUUUUCCCCCAAAUCAAAGCUUUGCUUCUCAGCCUACUUCAGCCAGCCAGCCAGCCAUUGGUGGAGGACUUAUGUUUAGGACACUGACAAAGCUCAUUCUAGUGACCUACUUGUUUUUGUGGAACAGCAAUUAGAUAAGAAAAAUUCACUCUGAUGUAUUCCUGGAAGGCCAAACCCAUCGAUUUACAAGACCGGUAACAGCAAAAUCACGCACUGCUUUAUGGGCAGGGACAAAAGAUUCACGAAAACUGCCUAAGAAGUCAUAUGAUGUUUAAAAAUCUCAACAAAAUAAUUUGCAUCAAGCAACUUUCAGGUUCCUCGUGGCCUAACCAUCUGUUGGUCCCACCUGACAAGCUAGGGCCAACACAGAAAUCCUUACUCCAAGAGCUCUGACAAGGUAUGGCCGUUUGUGGUACUGGAAUUCAAACUCAUGAAACAAACCUUUUCAGGUCUGGAUAGCUCUUACUAUCAGAAAGUCCUGAUUUCUCCCUGGAAAAAUAAUUAAUUUUAAUCCUUUCCUGUAAUUACCCUUCAAAACAUGUCACAUCUGCUAUCAUGCCUUCCCUAAUCUUUCAUCCCAGUGCAAACAUUACUAGUCAACCCAAGUACUUGUAUGGCAUUGGCUUUAACAGAGAAUGUUUUUCACUUAAAACUGUGGAUAGACCUAGGGGACUAAGGUCAUAAAUAAACUAUGCAUCUGUGGUGUAUUUAUGUGAUAUGCUUCAAGUUACUCAAGGUUAUUACUAUCAAAAUUGAACACCAAGCAGAUUUCUCAAAUAACUGGCUUUAGCAUGUGAUCACAUGUGUUGUAAUUUUUGUUGUUUUUUACAUUACGAAAAGUGUAGGUUAAUUUCUCAUAAAUCUAUAUUUAUGUGUAUAUAAAAUGCUGUAUAAUGAAUGUAAAUAUGACUUUCUGGAAAGUUUUAGACUACAUUUAGAAUCCCUUUAUCCAAAAUCAAAAUGCUGCUCAAAUGAUUAAUUGAAUCAACAUCUAGGUGCUUUAUUUCUUGUUUUACUGCACUUAUAAAAGGGAAAAAGAUUAACAUGAAGUUACCUUAAAUUUAUACAUUUGUGCAGCAGUUUAUUUUUGUAGCCUAGAGUGGGAAUUUAACUGGCAAUUUAUAAUAGCAUUUACAGCUUUUAAAAAAUCUUUUAAAGAGAUUAAAUUUGAACUUAAAUGUUUAGGUUUUGCUUUCAGACUUUAUAAUAGCACUCUUAAAAAUCACUAGUUAUGUAUUCUUUUAUAGGCAUUUAGCUACUUGUUUGUUAAAAGCACUGGUUAAACUUUCUUUGGCUUUCUUAAGAGUUAUUUAAAUUAGUCUGAGAAGAUGGGAUAUUCAUUUCAAGGAAAGAGUCAAGUUUGCCUUUGUGAUAAUAUGUUACGCUAAGACAAAGAAAGUGUGGAUCACAAAACCUGCGUUAUUCUAUUUUGCUUUCUUCUGCUCUUUAGAAGCCUGAACUCUUAAGCUCAAAUUGUGAAGGGAGAAAAGUAGAGGGGGUGGGGUAGAACUGAUCACAGUAUUUUAUUUAUUUUUCUAAAACCUGGAUUUUAAAACUAUUUUAAAUGUGAAUCCUUCCCAGAGGCUUCAAAUACAUUGCUUAUAUAUUUAAUCUUGAGCAUAUUUUACAUAAAUAGAUUACAAAAUCAUAAGCUUUCACAAUAUAGAAGGAGCUCUUACAGGUCUAGUGUUUCAAUAAUGUACAAAUACCCAGGACAGGUAUUAUUAUGAAGAACGUUUUUCUUUAAGAAUGAAUAAAAAGUCCACUUUAUGGUGGACUUUAACAUGUGGGAAUGAAUUUAUUUUUUUCAUUUCUUUUUUUUCCUGAGGGAAGGAAAAGAGAAAUAUGUUGCUAUUGUCAGCAUCUUAAAGGUAUUCCCUAUCAAGGCAAGGCUAAGUGCUUUGUCAUAGUAUUAAGCAAGUCUUGUUUUGAAUGGAUUACCUGUAAUGGCUCAUUGGAAUGAUAUACAAGUAAUGCCAAAAGCCAAGUCAAAGCCUAAUAACCAAAGCAUUCCAUAUUUAAAACUUAUUUAUCAUAUCAUAUUUGGACCUAUUUGAACAUCUCAACACUCUAAAAAAGAAAACUAUUAUGGCAUAUGGAUAGCUGUUUAUUAAAAUUAGCCUUUUAUUGCUCAGCUUUUUUGAAUGAUUUGAAUUAACUUUAUUCUUGUGGGAAGACAUUUUCACACCAUGAUUUAAGGGAACACUAGUUUUGUGGGGAAAAAAAACCAAAACCCUGAGUUCAUCAAAAGCCAUCUAUAAGAUUCUUUUGAGAUAAAAAUUAAUCUGUAUGUGUUGAUAUCAACUUUGUAUAUUUCAUCUUAGCCAUUCUCUCUUAAAGGUUUUAAUGUGAGCUUAAAAUGUAAAUAAAGAAUUUUGUAAACAUG